AUGGGGGCUGGGCUGUCCCUCUUCAUCCUCCUGACCCUCCUCGCCAGCUCACAGGGAACAGGGUCAGAAAUGACUUUGCAACUGAAGAUGAAGGAGUCCUUUCUGGCAAAUUCCUCCUAUGAUUCCAGCUUCCUGGGACUGCUCGAGAAGCUCUGCUCCCUCCUCCACCUCCCAUCAGGGACCAAUGUCACCCUGCAUCACGCAGGAUCCCCACACCACGUCACCUGCAAAGUCUGA